UAUUCUUAUGUUCCCGUUAAAAGAAACUGAAAUUUGAUUGAAUUCUGACUGUUUGAUCAAGCUGAGAUGAGAUCUCAGCCAUUUAAAAUACCCUAAACCUUCUAGAAGCAGCAGUUGGGAGCGGUUUUAGCUACUGAUUUGGUUCCGGUGGUUUUCCCUAAAUCUUCUCAUCAAAAAAACCACCCACUCUUCCCAAUUUGAGGUUCCUUUCGCCUCAUCCUGAAUGAAUUUGAAUCAUCUUUCAAAACCGAUGGUCGGCUAUGGUUUCAAGGUCAUUUAAUGAUUUCAAAUAUUCAUAACAUUCAUUUUACUCUUACUGGCUUUUUUGAUUUUGAUUAAAGAAUUUGCUGGUAUACAUUUUGUCAAUGGUUCAGUUUAUGUCGUUGUAGAACACCAAUAGGAAACUUUUGGACACAGGAUUCGCUUGUAUAUAUUUUGUCAUUGGUUCAGUUCAUGUUAUAGCAGAACACCAAUGGGAAAUUGUCAGACCAGGAGAUGAAAUUGUCGGCCAGAAAAGAGAUUUCGGUGUCCCCAAUGAGACUGGCGAGUAAGAAUCGGAAGUCAUCGUCAUCUCCAACGGGUAACCAGGGACAGUAUUUAAUCAUGAAGCCAACACAAGUUAUAACCCAAUAUUUUGAAGUGCACGCAACAUCUGAUCAAGCUGCAAGAUAUGCGUGUAAUGUUAUACCGGAAGAUUCUGACCUUAAGGAAAUUGAUAGUCGAGUGCGAGUUUACAACCAGAGGCACAGUUCCGCACAAUGGAUAGAACACAGGUAUGGUAUGUGAUCAUACAAACAAAAGGUUACG